CUAGGCCAUUCACUGCCUAAUCCUCCAAUGAAGGCGAUGGCAAUUGUUGCUUCCUUUGGCGUUUCUCUGCAACCAAACAAAGGAUUAAUUCCUUGAUUCCAUCCAUAUCAUAAGCAACAAAAAAUUUUUCAGGGGAAAAAAAUGCCUUGCCAUGCCAUUCGCGGAUGGACAUUUAGUGGGCUAGUUGGUGCAUUUCUUGGUCUUUCCAUUACCUUCCUUCUCCUUUGCGCUUCAACCCUUGCUUAUUUGGCCUCCAAAUUUCUUGGCUUGCUUGGAUUGGACUUACCUUGCCCUUGCAAUAGCUUUUUUGGAGUUCCUGACAACGCCAACAAUACCGGCUUGCAAAAACGAUUAGUUGAUUACCCCUUACCGAAAAUUUUCUCUGUUCAAUCUUCUGCGAAGAGCAAGUUCCCUUUUGGUACGCUAAGGAACGAUUUACAGUUCAAUUCCAACAAGGAAAAUGACGGGAAUGGUGAUAAACAUGAGGGUAUUGGAUCGGAGGGUGAGGUCUCGUGCAUCUCAUCUUCAGAGAGGAGGACAGACAAUUUUACAGGCGAAGAUUUGGCUAAGAUGAAAGGAAAGAGUUUUGUGAUGGGUACAUUGAACUUGCCGGAUGUGAAAGAAGGGAGAUAUGAGUUGAAAAGGAAGUGGGUAACUCGUCACAGAUCAAGAAAUGGCCUCAGACGCCGCAGAAAAGGCUCUGUUGAUUACAAUGGGAAGUUGCACUGGGUGCCAUCACAUAAAACUUUAUGGUCGGAUGCAGAAACUCGUCAAUCCGCUCCUGGCAGAAUCAGUGAAUCAGAGGAUGACACAGACAAAGGCUGCAAGGAUCCUGCUAAUAACUUUGAAGGUGAAUCAGCCUGUAAUGUGAAUGGUUGUGAAAUUUUGGAUGGAAAGGAAACCUCAGUGGAUAUUGGUUCGAAGAGAAAGUUUUCCUAUGAUUUUGAACUGAAUGAAUCUGUAGAUGAGAAUGAACCCGCAGAAAAAAAUGCAUCAACUGCUGAGGAGUUCAAUUCACAUGGAAAUCAAGUUUCUGAUUGCAAUGCAAAAAAUACAGUAAGACUCUUGGAACAAGCACUAGAAGAAGAGCAUGCUGCUAGAGCUGUCCUCUAUAUCGAACUAGAGAAAGAGAGAAGCGCUGCUGCUUCUGCUGCAGAUGAGGCCAUGGCUAUGAUAUUGCGUCUACAAGAGGAGAAGGCGUCCAUAGAAAUGGAAGCAAGACAAUGCCAGAGGAUAAUAGAAGAGAAAUAUGCAUAUGAUGCUGAAGAAAUGAACAUCCUCAAAGAGAUCUUAGUAAGGAGAGAGAGGGAAAAGUAUUAUUUGGAGAAGGAAGUUGAAGCCUACAGGCAAAAAAUUUCUGGUAAUGAGCAGUUGUAUGCUGAAAUGUAUGGUAUGUCAGCAACAAAGGGAGAGAUAACAUUAUAUACUAGCGAUGAAGAUUCGGUGCUGAAACUGCCACAGAGUAGUGAUUACAUUGGCGAGGAGGAGAAGGCAGAAAAUGUAAACUGGAAAGAUUUACGAAGUACGAAAUAUAGUGAAGAUAAAAACUGUUCAAAUCAAAUUGACAUUCCAAGGCAUCCAAGUCCUGAAAAAAAUCCUGAUGAGGAAAAGAAAGCGCAGAAAAUAAAUGCAACUUCAAAGUUCAUUCAGUCUAAUAUUCCUCCCCCACAUAAUUUGCAUCAGAAAGCUAUUGAUGACAAAGAAAGUGAAGGUGAUAUUCAUGAUGUUCAUGUCGUUGAUGAUCAAGCCAGUGUCUAUAAGCAGGUCAUGAGAGACAAAAAUAGGCAACUUUCGACUAAUGCUGCUGCUACCUCAAAAAAUCCUAACAUUUCCAUGGGAUUACCACCAACUGGUAGUUCAAGAAGCAGAUCCUUGCGUUAUGACAUGCGAAGAAAAUCCAUGUCUGCAUUUGAUGUUGAAAGGUUUAAAAUUGACAAUGAAAUUAUUUGGCUGAGAGAAAAGCUAAAAUUUGUGCAAGAAGGAAGAGAGAAGCUACAUUUAACCAAAGGGAACAAGGAAAGAGAGAAAAUUCAGCUACAAACUUUGGAGGAUAUCAUCAGCCAGCUUCGAGAGAUUCGACAGUUAACAGAACCUGGAAAGGCUGCCCGCAGGGCCUCAUUGCCUCUUCUAACAUCCAAUGUUAAGUCGAAGAAAAGACGUUGGCGUAGUGGUCCUUUGCUGGUUGAAGGAAGCAUCUAGGAUAGUGCAGAGAAUUUUCAUGGCUCUGGAUGGCACCUGCAAUUAUUUGAUUUCUUCAAUCUCUUACAGAGUUGUAUUUAAUUUAGUUGUUACUUGAGCAGUGAACUUAUGAAGGGUGAUAAUUUGGUGGAUAACAAUUAACUUGACAAGUAAAUUUCCUGUACGGAUAUAGAGCUGUUAAUUUGGAAACUAUAAUUUUGUAUGAAUUCAAUUGAAGUGAUAUUUUUUUUAUUUUUA